AUGAUUGGAAUCUACAUUAUUUUUUCAAUUUGUGUCUUAACUGAUGGAUUUUUCUUUCGUUCUAAAGUUCAGACAACAACUAAAUUAACAACUAAAAUUCCAAUUCUUAAUCGUACAACAGAAUGUCGUCAACAAAUGACAUUACAACAAAUUAAAGAACUUUUAAAAGAACAUCCACGUGCAUUCAUCAAUAAUAAUGAAAGUAUUCGUUCACGUACUCGACGUGAUAUCAAUCCAGAAAAUGUUGAUAUAAAAGCAAUUCAUUCAACUGUUAAUCAACAUCGUACUAUCAUCAAUUAUUCAAUUAAUAAUUCAAUCAAUACAACAGUGUUAAGUGAUGCUAUUGUUAAUCAUCAUAAAACUACUGGACCUAUAUUACCUAGUUGGCGAGAUUUAUUUCAAAUGUUAUUUAUAAUUUCUUUCGGUGGUAUUCUUAUAUAUUUUUUAAUUUGUCGGACAGGUCUCUUUCCUAAAAAAUAUUGUGUAUCAAUUUUUUCAAAUUGUGUUGCAUCACAAAUUAAAAAUGAAUUAGAAGACCGACCUCAACAAGCCGUAAUACAACAAGAACAACGUCAACAAGAUUUUAAACGAGAGCAAGAACAGAUGCAACAAUUAAUGAAACAAAUGAUUGAACAACGGAAAAUAAAUAAAGCAAAAUCAAGUCAUCGAAUAAAAGCGAUGUUAUCAAAAAAACAAAAUAAUUCAAAUGAAUUACCUCAAUUUACACCUAUAAUUAAAUAUGAAACAUUUUUAAUUAAUCGAACAACAGAUUUACAUCUUCUUCAUAAUUUAAUUUAUCGAGCACAACAAACAAAAACUUUUACUAUUGAUACAGAAUCAGAUUUAUCUACAAAUCGACCAUCUUUAAUACAAAUUGAAUAUAUAGAUCAAUAUCAAUCAGUCAUUAUUUUAGUUGAAGUAAGUCGUUUACCAUUUCAUAAGAAAUCUUUACGAUUUUGGCUCAUAUAUUCAAUAUUUAAAUAUAUAUUUCAACCAAAUAAAAAAAUAUUUUGUUGGGGUUCUGCUCUGAAAGAAUUAUCUCAAUUUAUUGAAUAUGAUUUAUUUACUAGUGAGAUAUUAGAUCAAUCAAUUUUCAUUAAUCUUCAAGAUCGAUUUAAAAUAUGGCACUAUGAACAAUAUGGUUAUUAUCAAACAGGCAAAAAUUUAUGGGGUUUACAAGCAGCUAUUAAAGAUACAUAUGAACAAUAUUUAGAUAAAAGUGAACGAUUGAAUAUUUGGAGUCGAGGUCUACAUCAUCGAGAAAUUACAAAAACUGAAAAUAAAAUACAAACUAUGAUAGAAUAUGCUACUAAUGAUUGUUUAGCCGUUACAAAAUUAGCUUAUACUAUGAAAGAAUUUCUUUUUGAUAUUUAA